UAGUUUUUUGCAAACGAAUGUAUGUUAGGUUUUGGGCCGGUGUUGUGCCGAAAUACAAAGCCCUGGAAGCAUAACCUGAUCGUUGGUGUUAGAGUUGUUGGAAGAGAGAGAGAUGGCAACAAGUGAAGAAGUGGUUGCGGCGGCGCCGGCACCGGAGGCAGGGUUGAAGCAUAAACUUGAGCGGAAAUGGACCUUUUGGUGUGACAACCAAUCCAAACCCAAACAGGGUGCUGCUUGGGGCACCUCUCUUCGCAAGGUCUACACCUUCGACACCGUUGAAGAGUUUUGGUGUUUGUGUGAUCAGGUAUUCAAGCCCAGCAAGUUGCAAAACAAUGCGGAUUUUCACUUGUUCAAGGCUGGGAUUGAACCGAAGUGGGAAGAUCCUGAGUGUGCCAAUGGAGGAAAGUGGUCUGUCACUAACAACAGCAACAGGAAGGCUAACCUUGAUAACAUGUGGCUUGAAACUUUGAUGGCUUUGGUUGGGGAGCAAUUUGAGGAUGCUGAGGACAUAUGCGGCGUGGUUGCGAGUGUGCGCCAGUGGCAGGACAAACUUUCGUUGUGGACAAAGACAGCGGCAAAUGAGGCUGCCCAGAUGAGCAUUGGAAGGAAGUGGAAGGAAAUCAUUGAUGUGACCGACAAGAUAACAUAUAACUUUCAUGAUGAUUCAAGAACCAAAGGAGCAACAAAGGGUCGAUACACCGUAUAAGCACUGCUGGAGCACCUUGCGCUUGUGCUGCUGGCAAGGCUGUAGGCCUGUAGUGAUGAUAUCUUCAUCAAUCAUCAUGUGCCAUAUGUAUUAGAACAUACUACUUUUUUGGUUGAAGGGCUAGUUUUACUUUUGGGUGUUGAACACCAUACUCAUCUCGUUUUUGAAAUGGUCUGUCAAAUUUUUCUUGAGGGUUCAUUUGUAUUUUUAUCAUGCCACACUCCAAAAGCUUUAGUCAUUCAAUAUGCCGACUUCAGUUUAGCAUGAGUUUACUAUUUGUUGCUUGUUGUACAAUCAUAAAACCGCCAUUGUUUUGUUGA